AUGAAAGUUUCAGUAAGGUCAAGCGAGAUUGUGAAACCGCGGCCAUUAAAGUCCAAGACGGCCAUGAAUGGUGAAGUUGAUGAGGACGAGCAGAGACGUCGUCCUCCUUUCAAAUUAUGCUUUCUGGACCAGGUCACUCCACCAUACUACACUCCGCUCGUCCUCUUCUACCCUUUGACCAGGAAGGAGAGCAAGAUCGCUCACUGGAGCCCCGAAUUGAUGUCCAAGAACCUCAAGGAAUCGCUAUCCCGCGCCCUCGACUCCUUCUACCCGCUUUCCGGAAGGGUGAAAGACAAUGCCAUCGUUGACGACUUCGAAGCAGGCGUUCCCUUCGUCGAAACUCGCAUCCAGGGCCAUCGUGUCUCCGAAUUUCUCGACCCUCCCAAGCUAGAAUUUCUCAACAAGCUUCUCCCCGUCGAACCAUGUUGUCGCCACACCGAACCAGGGCAGUUGCCUCCUCCACAAGUUACCGUUCAGAUGAACACAUUUGACUGCGGUGGGAUCGCAAUCGGCUUGUGUUUCUAUCACCAGACCAUGGAUGGCGCCACCAUAAGCACGUUCCUCGAGACUUGGGCGGCUCACUCCCGCCAAUUAAUCACGCCUGAUGAUAGUGCUAACAAAAUCGCACACGUGUCCGCAAAGGAUUUGUCGGGAGGAUACUCCACUUUCCCGCCUCCGCCAUCUGGCGUCCCGCCUCAGUACGUGUCUUUGAUUGACACGCUGUGGUUUCCACCUGAGAAGAACACCGCCGCCACAGCCGCAACGACCAGGAGAUUCGUGAUCUCGAAUCGCGCAAUAGCCACCCUGAAAUCUCGGGCGACGGGCAUUGAAAAUCCUACUAGGACCGAAGCAAUAUUGGCUUUCGUUUGGAAAUCCAUGCUGGCAGCGGCCGCAGAUUCCGAAUCUCCGAAGCCGUCGUGUCUUUGUCAAGCCGUCAACUUGAGGUCAAGAAUGAAGAAGAAGAAUAGUACUCAUGGUCAUGAUUUGGUAUUUUCACCACACUCCAUUGGAAACCUCUUCUCGGUGGCGGUGUCGUUUUGUGACAAUCCUGAUGAUGACGUGGACGAUGACGUGGAUAAAACCCGUACUAGUCUGGUCAACACUUGGGAUUUGGCGGUGCAUAUAAGGGGAGGAGUGAAGAGAUUGUUGGAUGAGAAGUGGCUGGGCCUCUUAUCAUCCGAGCAAGGUGCGGAGAUGGUUUUCGAAGGGAUGAAGCAGUUGCGAAGCGGUCAACGCCCAUUUGUGAGCUUCUCGAGCUGGAUCGGGUUCGGGUUCGGUGACGUGGAUUUCGGGUGGGGGACGCCAGCGUGGAGUGGCGUGGUGGGAGAAGCUAGUGGGAAUAACCCUAUUAUGGGUAACACGGUUCUCCUCAAGGAAUUAGCACCCAAGGGCGAGGAGAUCAACAAUGGCGUCGAGCUGUGGAUGAGGGUAGAUCCCGUUCUGAUGGCUUCUCUUGAAAAGAAUCCUCAAUUCUUGGAAAUGGCGUCUCCUAAUCCUCCUAUUGUUUUCUAG